AAACGGUUAAAAAUUUGAACUUCCCGCUUAAUUUUAAUGAAUACAAGUGGAAGUAGGAGUGGUCGCUUAAUGUUUUGCUUUUGCCAGUGAAUCAACCAUCAACACAGACAACAAGUGACCAAAAUUGUACAAAAAUGGGUGUGGAUAAAAAUGAAUAUCCAAAAGCAUCAAAACACCUCGUAAACGGAUCGAUUUUAACCUAUAUAGGUGGAAUGUUUUUGAUUAUAUCUUUUUGCAGCCCUUAUUGGGUGCAAUCAUUCGAAUAUACGAACUCCGAAUUUAAGCACAUGGGUUUAUGGGAAUAUUGUUUUGAAAAUUUCCGUUACCCUUAUGACCAGUUUAAUAAGGUGUUUACAGGUUGCUACCAUGUUUUUAGCGAGGAAUACUUUUUGAUUCGAGAAUGGAUUUUACCACCUUGGUUAAUGGCAGUUCAAGCAUUUGUAACUAUGUCUUUUUUAUUAAGCUUUGGGGCCCAAACUAUUAUGGCAUUACAAUUAUGUAGAUGGCCCUUAGAUUUUGUACUACAAUAUGAAUGGAUUUUAUCAGCUAUUGAUUUUAUUAGUUGUACUGCUACAACUGUUUUUAUGUUUUUUGCUGUGAUGGUAUUUGGGUGUUCACAUACCCGAAGAGAUUGGUUGAUGUACCCAAAUUAUAACUAUUUGAGUUGGUCAUAUGGUUUUGCAGUACUCUCAUUCUUUUUCCAUGGAUUUGCUGCUUUGUACCUUUAUAAAGAGGCAAAAUUAAGCUAUGAAUUAAGAGAGAAGUCAAGGAAUCUUAUCACCCAAAUGGAUCAUCAAAAUGUACAAAAUGUUCAUGGAUAUUAUUAAAACAACAUGUUUUAUGCACAUAUAAUUAUUUGAUCAAGUAUUUUUAUUUUAGAUUUUUUUUAUGUUUGCGUUUAUUUUUUAUACUUAAAUGUUAUUAAGAAAUAUUCCGUCCUGGGAGAAUCUCAAUUUGUUUUAUAAUGUUGAAAUUAAAUUUUUGCAUUUUCUCUAGAAUUUUUAGCCUUAGAAUUGACAUUACAUCGAAUGAUUAGUAAUUAUCACGAGUUGUGACUUGUUGUGGCCUUACCCACUUACAAAAUAAUUGCUGUUUUUUUAUUGUACGUCUAUAUUUUUGUAUAAUAAGAUGUUUUAUUCAAAAUUUUAAUAGAUUUUGAAACCUA